AUGGUAAGAAAUUACAUAAGAAAAUCCACCAGAUGUUCGUCUUAUAAUGAUGAAUCAUUGAAAAUUGCUGUUGAAUCAGUAACGAAUGGCCUGCCACUAAAAACGGCUGUCAAAAAAUAUGGGGUCCCUGCAAGAACUUUAAAAAGGCAUCAGAAUAGCCUGCCACUAAAAACGGCUGUCAAAAAAUAUGGGGUCCCUGCAAGAACUUUAAAAAGGCAUCAGAUGGCCAUGACCAAAUUUCCUGGAAAAAUUAGGCUGGGACAUUUUCACUCAAUUUUUACAAAGGACCAAGAACUAGAACUAGUAGAAAUUAUUAAAAGUAUGGAAAAAUCACUCUUCGGAAUGACCACAACAGACGUCAGGAAAGUGGCUUUUGAAUUUGCCGAAAAAAUGAAAUUAAGCCAUCCAUUCAAGGUUGAAAUGAAAAUGGCAGGGAUAGACUGGAUGUAUGGUUUUUUAAAAAGACAUCCAACGCUAUCUAUUAGAAAGCCGGAAGCGAUAAAUUUAUCACGGUUAGUUGGCUUCAAUAAAGAGCAGGUAAAAAUAUUUUUCGACAUAUAUCUUGAAACUCAACAAUGGAAAUUACAAUGCUAUGAAAAUAUGGAAUGUGGACGAAACUGGAAUCUCAACUGUUCAGAAACCAGUGAAAAUUGUUGGCAGCAAAGGUUCCAGACAAAUAGGAAAAAUUACAAGCGGGGAACGUUGUAUUGA